AUGCCACGAGUGCACGUUACCGCACAGGAAGACAUCUGUCAGAUCGUGCUUCCAGGAGAUGAGCCGCCGUGUGUUCAGCCAGGGCGCCGCAGACGCGACGGGAGCCGUCCCCAUCUUUGCGUGCCCCAUCACAAGGAGUACAGACGGCUAACGAAGGAAUACAAGGAGACAUCCAGCAAAGGGCGACUGCUGUAUAAGCGCGUCCGCGCUUUACUCCAGGACCUACACCUCGGGCACUUGUGUAAGCUGGCCAACGUGGACGAGGCACUAGAGGCCACGAACCGUUGCAUCGAGGUCCUGAGUACGGAGAUCCGUCAACGACAAGAACAUCAAAAACGGUUCUUCGCUCAGAUGGACGGUGGACACCAGCGGUGGAUGCGGACACUACUCAGUGAGGUGUGCGAGGUAAAAGAUAUUGCCAGACAACUCCAUCAACAGAAGACGGCGCUCGUCGAAGAGCAGCAACGAAUCGCCGAGGAGACGGCACUUGCGGAGGAGAAACGCAUCGCGGAUGAACGUACUACCGCGGAGAUGCGCCUGGCGGAGGAGCAGCGCCUUGCGGAGGAGAGACGCCUCGCGGUGGAGCGACGCCAUGCCGAGGAGAGGCGAAUAGCCGAAGAAAAGAAGAGGCUUACGGACGAAAAGCGUGCAGCAGCUCAUAUGCGACAGCUUGAUAUCGAGAAACAUCAAGCAGAAGAGAGGCGCUUCGCUGAGAGUAGAGCGAUGCAGAGGUGGUAUGCGGAGAGGGAUCGUACAGAAACUCUGAAGCGCCUCACGCAAGAAAGGCAGCUUGCAGCAAACAGGGAGCUUGCGGAGAAGCUGCAUGCAGAGGAAGAGGGCCUUGCCCAGGAGAAGCGCUUUGCGGAGGAGCGUCGCGAGUGGGAAGCAGCAAACCGAGGCUCCCGUGCCCUUUCGACCGAUUCGCGCGUCUUCCCCACCAGAGCCUUCCACUACGACCGCUUUGUAAACGCGACGACCAACCCCACUCCCCCAAACACUACCUUCUUAGUAUGCGUUGCAUAUCGUACUCACGCAUCCAAGUACGGUCGCGUGCGGUGUACCGAGGAAGCCUCGGACACUACGAGUUCCCGAUGUCAGGAGCACAGGGGCGAGUAUGACCAGACUAUCUCCGAUCUCCGCGCUGCAAAGGACGAGCAUCGCACCUUGUCUGUGAACCUCCACUACAUCCAUUCGCAGCAGCUCCGCAGUAUCAAGGCAUGCACGCUCGCUCAACUCUCCCAAAGCAUUGCCGAUAUCACUCGGUACCUCUCACUCGCAGACACCAUCAAGGUGCUCACAACGACAGUGAGAAGGCUGGAGGGAUACCCGCAAUCGAACGCAACGGACAACGCAGCGGGUACGAUUGAAUCCCGCGGCCUGCUCGGCCGGGAAGGCAUCGAGGAUCUUCUCGCUGAUCUUCAGGACGCGGAGUGGAAGCUACUCAGACCCGAGCGCGCGAGGGCGAGCCAGUCGAUAUCCGCGACGCCGGCCCAGCCCGAGUGCAGCUGGCAAGUAGUCAAAACGGAAGAUCCAAACCCAACCACAAAUCAAACAACAUCCCGCCGAAAUCCUCCCGAGUCGGAAGACGAAGACACCCGCCGAGGGGGAGUUAAGAUGGCGACCAAGAUUGUGCAUCGAGUUGCCGCGUUUUUCCAUCUCAGACACCAAUAA